UUUUCAGGCUGAGAAAAUAAUACAGCAAUAAAUCCGGUAGAGCUAUAGACUUGGAGCCUCACAGCUCAAUCCCAGACUACUACUGAAAGGCUGAUGUACAAUGAGAGGAGUUGCCUAAAUCCCGAAGAGGAAAACUCUAUGUAAAACAGGCUUAGAAGAGUCAUUUUCAACCUCAAAAUUUGAACAAAUAAAGUUUACCGUGGAAAUGACAUCACAAAGAGCCACGGGAACUAAAAGAAAGGCUGACGAGGAUGAGGUGAACGCCUUAUCCACCUCCCAAGGCGUUAGACCAAAGAGACGACGAAAUGGUUCCAAUAACGGGACUGGCAGAAUACCUCAUAAUAAUGGUGGGCAGCUUCAUCUGGACGAGUCUGACAGGAAUGUGGGUGAAAAUGCUCCUUCAUUUUUAUACCGGUACCAGCCCGGACACACCCCUCCUCCCGUACAAGUCCAAGAUGGUCUAAGCGACGAAGAAAAUGUUUUAAAUAUAGAAGAUGGUCUGAGGUUAAGAGAGGUCGUAGACGAGAGCGAAGCAGAACGCCAAGGCCAAAACCCGGGCAAUGGUGAGGACACGCGGGAGAGAGCACUUUUAGAAAAUGGGAACAAUAAUGAGGAUGUUGAGCGAAGAUUGGAAGAAGAUGUUUAUUAUGAUAUACAAAGUAAAAGGGCCCGUCAUGACUGAAAGCGUAUUUGGGUUCACGAAACAGCUAUAGCCCCAAGAUUGGUCUUUACACUUAAGUCAACAAUUUGUACUUGAUAAGUUCAAGAUAAACUUACAGUGGUCCACUGAAAUAAACUAAAUUAUUACAGACACAAUAUUUUUAUUGGGCCAGUACUGAUUUAUUGUCGCUGUAUUGUUGUGUUAAAGAGUUCAAAACAUCGGUCUUAAAGAUCAGACCACAGAUAUAGUUCUUGUGAGGCAGACCCUUACUUGAUGUUGCUAUGGCAACCACACGUCUGAUCGCACCCAACAUCGUCAACGACUGAAAAUGCGAACAAGAGAGGGAUUGUGAUAAGAAACUAUGACUUUACUCUCCACAUUUGGUUGUGGUUAUUGUACAUUCCUGGAUGUUGACGUCAUAUCCCUUUCACACUGCUCAGUUUCAAAGUGCAGCUAUUGUUUAGUGUUGAAACAUACUUAUGCAAUCACAAUGCAAUACGGAGGUCGUGCUUUUUAUGGACAUUACUGUAUACGGGGCAUUUAGAAACACCCUGUUUAACACAUCUUAGUGACAAGACACUACUACGAGUGCUGCCACUAGCCUGAGAAAUGAAGUAACGACUCGGAUACCUCGAAUAUCAGGGUGUUCAUCUGCAAUUCAAACCUAUGCAAUACAACAGCUGUCUGUAAAGACGACCUUAUUACUCCACAUGCCAGGGUUUAUUCUAAUGUUUCAACCAUUAUCAGGAUCACUGGGAGAUUGACAUGUAUAUGAACUAGACUUAUAAAUACUAGCAUAUCUCUGUCUGUUAACAUAUCUGUGCAUAUUUUGUACUGAUCUAAGUAUCCAGGGCCGUAGCCUCCGGGGGAGCAGGGGGGCAGCUGGGAUUUAGAAUUUUCCACACUGGUAGGGGGACACGCCCUAGGUGGUUUCCAAGUUUAUGCACCCGGUUUUAAUAUCAUUUAGCGAUUUUACGACAAUCGUUUACUAUCCAAUCAAGGUGACAGCCGAGCGUGGAUUCUAUGUAAAAGGAAGCGACAUGUAAAUUCACGUGCAAUUGCUAUAAACAGGAUCGGUUUAUUUCUUUUGUAAAUAUAUAUGUAACAUCUGGUGCAAAAGCUAUUUGUGAUCCUUGUAGGGGGUUCAGUGAAGUCACUGAU